ACUCUGCCCACAGGCAUGCCAACCUGGUCUGCCCUCAGCCCUGGCUGUCACACUCACCAGGAGGAGCUGCAGCAUAGCAGGAGAGUGUCCAGAGUUCCCCUAUCAGGCAGCUCUCAGCUGUUCCCUGGAAGCCCACAGACACCAUCCGAGAUGACUUCUUUUGGUUGCUGGGGCCUGCCUACAGCCCUCCUCGCCCUGAUCUGCUGCUCAGGGUCUGGUGAGAAGACAUUCGAAGUGCACAUGUGGCCAGAGAGGCUGGUGGUCAAACCCACAGAGUCGUGGGAAGUCAACUGCAGCACCAGCUGUACGCAACCAGAGAAAGGGGGAAUAGAGACCACCCUGAAAAAGACCCUGCUGGAAUCAGAGCGUCAGUGGCAGCGGUACUUGAUCUCCAACAUCUCCGAGGACACGGUCCUCUACUGUCACUACACUUGUGCUGGGAAGCAGCUGUCAAGCAAGCUCAGUGUCGUUGUAUAUCAGCCUCCAGAACAGGUUGUGCUGAAGCUACAGCCCACGUGGGUAGCCGUGGGCAGUUCCUUCACUAUUGAGUGCAGGGCGCCUACUGUAGAGCCCCUGGAGAGCCUCACCCUCACCCUGCUCCGAGGCAACAAGACACUGCACAGCAAGACCUUUGAAGGGACAGCGGCUGUCCCCCAGGAGGCCACAGUCACAUUCAACGGAACAGCUGACCGAGAGGAUGGCCAGCACAACUUCUCCUGCCUGGCCAAGCUGGACCUGCGCUCUCGUGGUGGGGGCAUUUUUCACUGGGUCUCGGAGCCCCAGGGACUGGAGAUCUAUGUGCCCCCGCAGGACACGGAUAUGAUCAUCAUCAUCACGGUUGUGUCAGUGCUUCUGUUGUUGUUCGUGACAGCUGUCCUGCUCUGCUUUGCCUUUGGCCAGCACUGGCGUCAGAAGCGCACAGGCACCUAUGGGGUGCGAGCUGCUUGGAAGAGGCUGCCCCGGGCCUUUCGAGCACAGUCUGCGUGAGUGGCAUGAGGCCGCACCAAAGCAGCCAUUGGAGCUCGGCAUGCCUCCUUCGGGAUAGGGGCCAGCUCUGGCUGAAGGACAGUGCCCAGCAGCAGAGGAGUUGAGGACAUUUCCUGUUCUAACCUGAAUACAAACACCUGGCCUCAA